CGCCGCCGCCAUGGUUCCUGCCGCCGCCUGCGUUCUCCUGCUCACCCUGGCAGCCCUCCGUGCGUCGGGCCAGGGCCAGAUACAGAUAGGUGCAGAUCUGGGCCCGCAGAUGCUUCGGGAACUUCAGGAAACCAACGCGGCUCUGCAGGAUGUGCGGGAGCUGUUGCGGCAGCAGGUCAAGGAGAUCACGUUUCUGAAAAACACAGUGAUGGAGUGUGACGCGUGCGGGAUGCAGCCGGCGCGCACCCCAGGUCUGAGCGUGCGCCCCCUCUCCCAGUGCGCGCCCGGCUUCUGCUACCCAGGCGUGGUUUGCACUCAGACGGCAAGCGGCGCGCGCUGUGGACCUUGCCCCGCGGGCUUCACUGGCAAUGGCUCGCACUGUGUCGACGUCAACGAGUGCAACGCCCAUCCCUGCUUCCCGCGCGUCCGCUGCAUCAACACUAGCCCCGGCUUCCGCUGCGAGGCUUGCCCGCCCGGGUUCAGCGGCCCCGCCCACGAGGGCGUGGGGCUGGCCUUCGCCAAAGCCAACAAGCAGGUUUGCACGGACAUUAACGAGUGUGAGACCGGACAGCAUAACUGCGUCCCCAACUCCGUGUGCGUCAAUACCCGGGGCUCCUUCCAGUGCGGCCCUUGCCAGCCCGGCUUCGUGGGCGACCAGGCAUCCGGCUGCCAUCGGCGCUCACAGCGCUUCUGCCCCGACGGCACGCCCAGCCCGUGCCACGAGAAGGCCGACUGCAUCCUGGAACGCGAUGGCUCGAGGUCGUGCGUGUGCGCCGUUGGCUGGGCCGGCAACGGCCUCGUCUGCGGCCGAGACACGGAUUUGGACGGCUUCCCCGACGAGAAGCUGCGCUGCCCGGAACGCCAGUGCCGCAAGGACAACUGCGUGACGGUGCCCAACUCAGGGCAAGAGGACGUGGAUCGCGACGGCAUCGGAGACGCCUGCGACCCGGAUGCCGACGGGGACGGGGUCCUCAACGAGCAGGACAACUGUAAACUGGUGCGGAACCCAGACCAGCGCAAUGCGGACGGCGAUAAGUGGGGUGAUGCGUGCGACAAUUGCCGGUCCCAGAAGAACGAUGACCAAAAGGACACAGAUCAGGACGGCAAAGGCGACGCCUGCGACGACGACAUCGACGGCGACCGGAUCCGAAAUACGGUGGACAACUGCCCAAGGGUGCCAAACUCAGACCAGAAGGACAGCGAUGGUGAUGGUGUAGGGGAUGCCUGUGACAACUGCCCCCAGAAGAGCAACGCAGACCAGAGUGAUGUGGACCACGACUUUGUGGGAGACGCUUGCGACAGUGACCAAGACCAGGAUGGGGAUGGGCACCAGGACUCACGGGACAACUGCCCUACAGUACCAAAUAGUGCCCAGCAGGAUUCAGAUCACGAUGGCCAGGGUGACGCCUGCGACGAGGAUGAUGACAACGACGGGGUCCCUGACAGUCGGGACAACUGCCGCCUGGUGCCCAACCCAAAUCAGGAAGAUGUAGACCGGGACGGAGUGGGCGACGUGUGCCAGGGCGACUUCGACGCGGACAAAGUGGUGGACAAGAUCGAUGUGUGUCCGGAGAAUGCCGAGGUCACCCUCACUGACUUCCGGGCCUUCCAGACGGUCGUGCUGGACCCCGAAGGCGACGCUCAGAUAGAUCCCAACUGGGUGGUGCUCAACCAGGGUAUGGAGAUCGUGCAGACGAUGAACAGCGACCCUGGCCUGGCUGUGGGUUACACGGCCUUCAAUGGCGUGGACUUUGAAGGCACGUUCCACGUGAACACGGCCACGGAUGACGACUACGCAGGCUUCAUCUUUGGCUACCAGGACAGCUCCAGCUUUUAUGUGGUUAUGUGGAAGCAGAUGGAACAGACGUACUGGCAGGCGAACCCUUUCCGUGCAGUGGCUGAACCCGGCAUUCAGCUCAAGGCUGUGAAGUCCUCCACAGGCCCCGGGGAGCAGCUGCGGAAUGCACUCUGGCACACGGGGGACACAGCGUCGCAGGUGCGGCUGCUGUGGAAGGACCCCCGCAACGUGGGUUGGAAGGACAAGACGUCCUACCGCUGGUUCCUGCAGCACCGGCCUCAAGUGGGCUACAUCAGAGUGCGGUUCUACGAGGGCCCUGAGCUGGUGGCUGACAGCAACGUGGUCCUGGACACGACCAUGAGGGGUGGCCGCCUGGGGGUCUUUUGCUUCUCCCAAGAGAACAUCAUCUGGGCCAAUCUGCGUUACCGCUGCAAUGACACCAUCCCUGAGGACUACGAGACUCAGAGGCUGCUGCAGGCCUAGGGACGGGCGUGGGGACCCACUGCUGGAAGAAGGUCACCCCCAGGGCUGCCCUCAGCACGCCAAGCAGGGAGCUCAGUGCCCGGCUCCGAGGGGUGGCUGGACUGGGGGAGGGAAGGCUGAGGGGCUCAGAGAAGACAAAAUAAAGUG